UACGUAGUGCGCUUGCGCAAAUGGUUUUGAAGGCCUGUGGUUACUAGCCAUCGUGCUAAUCCAACAUACGGGACGUUACAAAGAGUUUCCUCAUUAAUAACCUUCUGAGAGCUGUUUUCUUCCUUUUGUACGCCACCUAAUUCUAGGUUGGUCCAAUUCACAUCCAGAAUGUCAUUCCCCCCACAUUUAAACCGGCCGCUGUUGCCCCCUCCUGGGAUGCCCCCUCAGUUUGCUGGCUUCUCCUCAGGAGCUCCAAUGAUCCCAGUCCAUGUCGGCAUCAUGACCCCCACUUCGGUUAUGGUGCCGUCUGUGCAAGUAAUCAGUAAGCCGCCGAUCCAUAAGAAGGAAAUACUGCGAGCCAAAGAAAGCGACGAGAACAGUGGGCCCACCACUACAGUGUUUGUGGGGAACAUAUCAGAAAAAGCGUCAGACAUGCUGAUCAGACAGCUGCUCGCGAAAUGUGGAAUUGUUCUGAGCUGGAAGAGAGUCCAAGGAGCCUCUGGCAAGCUUCAAGCCUUUGGGUUUUGUGAGUACAAGGAGCCAGAGUCCACGUUGCGAGCACUGCGGCUGCUUCACGACCUGCAGAUUGGAGACAAAAAUCUAUUGGUGAAGGUGGAUGCCAAGACUAAAGCUCAGCUGGACGAGUGGAAGGCCAAGAAGAAGACUGCGAAUGGGAAUAAGAAGGCUGAAGAUGGAGGAGAUGACGAGGAAGAGGUGCUAGAUGAGGAGACGAAGAAGAGGGAUCAGAUUAUCAAAGGUGCUAUCGACGGAUUGAUGCGGGAAUAUGCUGCCGACCUCAACGCGCCUUCGCAGGAUGAAGAGUCCCAGCGACGAAAAAGAAAAAAGGAGAAAAAAGAAGAGGAUGACAUUAACACUAUUGAUAUGGAGGAGGACAAGAGAGACCUGAUUUCCAGAGAAAUUAGUAAAUUUCGAGACACCCACAAGAAACUAGAAGAAGAGAAGGACAAGAGGGAGAAGGAGCGACUGGAGUUUGAGCGGGAACGCAGGGAGCGGGAAAAAGAACGAGAGCGAGAAAGAGAGCGGCGGGACCGCGAGAGGGAGAAGGAGCGAGAGAGGGAACGGGAGAGGGAAAGAGAGCGUGAACGGGAGCGAGACAGAGACAAAGACCGCGACCGCAGGACCAGAGAAAGAGAGCGGGAGAGAGACUGGGAGAGGGACAGAAGCCGCGACAGGAGCCCCGAGCGCAGCCGAUCCAGAGAGGUGAGUCGAGACCGAGACAGGGAGAAGAAACGAGACCAGGAAGAUGAAGAGGAGGCGUAUGAACGCAGGAAGCUGGAGAGGAAACUGAGAGACAAGGAAGCAGCCUAUCAGGAGCGACUAAAAAACUGGGAGCUCAGGGAGAGGAAGAAGGCACGAGAUUACGCCAAGGAUGCCGAGAGGGAGGAUGAGCGCAGACGAGAAAUGGUGAAAGAGGGCAAACGGUUGAAAGAGUUUCUUGAAGACUACGAUGAUGACAGAGAUGACCCCAAGUACUACAGGGGCAGUGCGCUGCAGAAGCGUCUCAGAGACCGAGAGAAGGAGAUGGAGGCGGACGAGCGUGACAGGAAGAGAGAGAAGGAGGAGCUGGAGGAGAUCAGACAGAGGCUGUUAGACGAGGGACAUCCAAACCCAGACGCAGAGCUACGCAGGAUGGAGGAGGAAGAGGAGGAGCGUCUGAGACAACCUCCCAUCAUCCAGGAGCCAGAGCCCGAGGAGAAACGGGAACGCCACAGGGGUUCACGAGAGCACCGGGAACGCCGGCAGGAACCGGAAAGAGUAGAACCCCGCGCACGGCCCGCCCACUCAGACGACGAGGUGGAGGAGGGCGAGGAGGAUGAAUUUGACGAUGAUGAAGAUAACCCUGAUGUAAAACCGUGCUUGAAGCCCACAAUGCGGCCCAUCACAGCAGCGCCCUCAGUGUCGUCGGCCAGUGGCAACGCGUCCCCCAACACGCCCGGGGACGAGUCGCCCUGUGGCAUCAUCAUCCCCCACGAGAACUCGCCCCCUGAGGCCCUGCCGCAGGAGGAAAACCGGCCAAAGAUCGGCCUCAGUCUCAAACUGGCAGGUGCCACAGGAAGCCCCAGUCAACCCAUCACAGGCAAGAGGAAGAAGCUACCCGUGGACAGCGUCUUCGACAAGUUCGAUGACGAAGAGGCAGAUGAACAGCCUCGCAAGAGGAAGCUGGUGCCCCUGGAUUACGAUGACGACAAGAGCCUCGGGGUGGACGGGGCUGGGCUCUCCAGCAUAAAGGGGGCCAACACGGAGGAGAAACGCAAACACAUCAAGAGCCUGAUAGAAAAGAUUCCCACAGCAAAGCCUGAGCUGUUCUCCUACCCGCUGGACUGGUCUAUGGUGGACACGACGUUAAUGGAGCGACGUGUCCGGCCCUGGAUCAAUAAAAAGAUUAUUGAGUACAUUGGAGAGGAAGAGGCGACAUUAGUGGACUUUGUCUGCUCCAAGGUGAUGGCUCACAGUAUGCCACAGAGUAUCUUGGAUGAUGUUGCUAUGGUUCUUGAUGAAGAGGCUGAAGUGUUCAUAGUGAAGAUGUGGAGGCUACUCAUCUAUGAAACUGAAGCAAAGAAGAUUGGACUGGUGAAAUAAGCAAAAACAACCAGUGAAUGAAGAUCAACUGUUUUCUUUUCAUACAUUGUGUAUAAUAGUGUAGUGAAAUUAUGUCACCCCAAACAAAGCGACAUGUCCGUUACAGACUGCAACUGCAGAUUCUGCUCAUUCUUACAUCUGCACCAGUUGUUCAGGUCAUGUCAUUUUUUUUUUGUCCGACUCCCCUCUGUUUGCAGGUGCUGACUGUGUCGGUGUGCUUUCGUGUAAAUACAGUCUGUCAUGAUUUGACCAUGAUGAAAUCAGUGUGAGAGGAAACUGCUGACAGGACCAUUGUUGCGUUACCAGCUAAGGUCUCUUGGUCCUACUCUUACUUUAUAAACAUACCACCUCACACUUUGUGGGAAGAGUAGUCUUUAUUUGAAGUCUCUAAUGUGUGAAAUCUGGCCACUGAUUGUGGGUUAAGUGGACUUUAGAGUGUGCAUAACUACAAGGAUGUGAUCUUUUUUACAGGGUUAUUUAUUCAGGGUUUUUGACACAACUUCAAUUUGUUUCUGUGGAUUUUUCAGACUUUGUCUUUAUUUUUCCUUAUCACAUUCCUGACAAAUGUUGGCAUAUUCUCAUCCUCAGACCAUCUCAAAAAGCACCUAGUUAUCGUUUUGAAAUGUGUCUACUGACUAAACCCACAGAAUAUAUUUUGGAUGGUGACAUCCCUGCAGCUGUAAAAGCACACGCGUCAUAACCACUAUAAGAAAAUGAGCUCAGAACAGGGGGAAAAUGAUGUGAAGUUGUGAGGAUGCGCUCCAUUUGUUUUUGUAUUGGUGAACAUUUGAAUAAAAUUGAUUUUUUUUUU